AUGGCGCAGUACCAUGGCAUAAUAGAAGAGCAGAUGAAGCAAGGAAUUGUUGAACAGGCUCCUGAGCAACCUACAGGGGAGAGAAAGUUUUAUCUGCCACAUAAACCAGUUAUUAAAGAGUCGGCUGAGGUUAGUGACAACGCUAAAACGUUCGUCGUCAUCGCAAAGUGGUUACGAAAACUGAAACGUAGUCAAGUCGUUAACGAUUACGUCGCUCGGCGUGAAAUCCAUUGGCAGUUUAAUCUCGCAAGGAGUCCAUGGUGGAGCGGUUUUUUCGAGCGAAUGAGGAAGAUCCUGACGAACAAGGAAGAUCCUGACGAACAAGUCGAAGUCAAGGUAAUGGUUAAGCGGGCCAGAUAUCUAAAACGGUGUAAGGAUGUAAUGUGGAAACGAUGGUCGUCAGAAUACAUAAGGGCGUUGCGAGAACGUCAUGGACGAUUGACUGGUAAGAAGUCGGAGAUAAACGUUGGUGAUGUUAUGCUUCUACAAGGUGAAGAAAAGAAUAGAGGACUGUGGAAAAUGGGAGUAGUUGAGAAAUUGAUUGCCGGAAAGGACGGAGUUGUUCGAGGUGCCAUACUUAAAACUGGUAAUGGAAGAAAGGAAAGACAACUUCAACAUCUAUACCCGUUGGAGUUGGCAAGUGCAACUAGAAAUCACAGCAAUCGAAGCAUUGAAUCAAAGGCGAAAGCAUUUGAGCCAAGAAAAUCGAGAGCGGCGAAAACAAAGGCGUUACAAAAGAUCGGACAGAUAAUAAGUGAUAUUGCAGACUCUAAGGACAAUUAA